CGGCCGCCAGUCUUCUGCAGGUGCUCACGGACGUUGGAGGACUCAUUUGCGGGACAUGGCGGACACAAACGAGGCUGAGUGGGCGCAAGCAGAGAAAAAGAAAAAGAAGAAGAGCAAGAAGAAGGAGGCGGAGGCGGCGGCUCCCGCCCCCGAUCAGGAGCCGGCUGACCCUAUGCAGGAACAGGAGCGAGAGUGGCCGCCUCAGGUCAUCGACGAGCCUGACCCCGAGCUGGUGCAGGAUGAAGAGGCGCCGUUGAACGAGGCUCUGGUGAACGGCGAAGCUCCACCGCUGGGUGACGGACUGGACGAGCCGCCGCAGCAGAUCGAGAAGAGGAAGUCGCCCUACCCGGUCUUCUGGAACCGGCCCAAGGCCAGAAUGUACCGCAUGAACUUCGACUACGGCGAGACCUACUACAGCAAUAUGAUGGCCUACCUUAACAGCAAAUCUGGCAGCAUCUACCGCAAUAACAUGCCGCCACCCAAGGCACAGUCGUGGGCGGAGCGGGCGCACAAGUCGGCGACGCUGCGCUACCCCCGCCAGGAGGCCGACCUGAGCGCCAUGCUGCAGUCGGUGCGCUCCAACAUCCGAAACUACGACAUGCACCACCGCCAGUACACCUCCAAAGUGCAGAGCGUUUACGGCGGCUCUAAGGCGCUGUGAAAGCUCACUCGGUCGCCUAGUGAAUGUUGGCAAUGAGCAUCAGGCCACAGCAGCGCCGCCUAGCAAUAGCACCAGGAGACAGAGCUUCCACAGGUCGACGGGCGGCGGGAGGCGACCGAACGCAAAUGUCACUGGAAUGUGAGACAAACCGUAUUUAAGGGACAUGCCUAUGUCAUAUGAGCUUCCCAUUCUGGUCUCAGCACCGGUAAUGAAAUGGCCAUCAAGUGUGAAACGCAUGUCCGCUCAAUUUGCUAUUUUGAGAUUAUGUUUGCACCAACGGAGUCGUCGCGGGUCGAUCAAUUGACUCUAAUGUGGAAUUAUGUACUCAUGAGAACUGGAUGCUAAAGUAGGGUAUGGUGUGCCCAUCAACCAUGUCCCCAAUAAUCGUCUCGUAAGCUUGUGUGAAAGGGUAUUUUAUCAAUUAUUCUGGCGUAACAACUUGCCAAUGCAGCAAGAUAGAGAAAACAUUCACGAUUGUAUCCUGAUGAGUAUGAAGCAAAUUUCCGCGACGAUAUUGGGCUACUCGAGCAUAGAGCCAUGUUCUUGGUCACAUCAAAGCAUGCCCUGUGUUCUGUCUGUGCUGCUUCUAUAAGUGCAGCUAUCCGUUGUAUCCAUGGCACUGAUAAUACACCCGUCAUGACCUUGCA